AUGGGGGGGUCAUGGGGGAGUAUUGGGGCGCUGCGGGUGGCACUGUCGCAGGCCGGUGCCCGUGGCUUCGUGCAGGUGCUGGUGACGGCCGAGGUGGGGGCGGGGCUGGCGGCGCUCGUGCAGGGGGUGGGGCUGGGGGCGCUCCGCCCCAACGCCGUCCUGCUGGGCUGGCCCCGCCGCUGGCGGCAGCAGCCGGACCCCGCCCGCGCCGCCAGGGACUUCGUGGAGCUGCUGCGGGUGGCGGGCGCCGCGGGCCGGGCGCUGCUGGUGUCCAAGGGCACGGCGGAGCCGGGGCUGUCCCCGGGGCUGUCCCCGUGUCCCGGCGUGUCCCCGGGGCUGUCCCCGUGUCCCGGGGCGUCCCCGGGGGUGUCCCCGGGCCCGGAGCUGUCCCCGGGGGGGUCCCCGAGGGGGUCCCUGGAUGUCUGGUGGGUGGUGGGCACCGGGCGGCUCCUGACGCUGCUGCCGCUGCUGCUGCGACAGCACCCGGUGUGGCGGGGCUGUCCCCUGCGCCUGUUCACGGUGGCGCUGCUGGAGGACAACAGCGAGCGGCUGCGGCGCCUGCUCGAGGCCGUGGUGCGGCGCCGGGGGCUGCCCGCGCAGGUGCACGUGGUGGAGCUGCACGACGGCGCGGUCUCUGAUUACACGUACGAGCGGACGCUGAUGAUGGAGCAGCGCUCGCAGAUGCUGCGGCUGCUGCGCCGCGCCCAGGGAGGCCCCGCCCCCUCGCAGCCACCCAGCGCCGAGGAGGAGGAGGGAGGGGGAGGGGAACCGCGGAGAGAGCCCAGCCCGGGUAACGUCCGUCGCAUGCACGCGGCCGAGCGCCUCAACGCCGCCAUCCUGGAGCACUCGGGGGGGGCGGGGCUGGUGCUGCUGGACCUGCCGCCCCCUCCCCCGCCCCGGCCGCCCCGGCCCCUGGAGAACUACCUGGAGUUCCUGGAGGUGCUGACCGAGGGCCUGGGGCCGGUGCUGCUCGUCAGGGACGGUGACGGGGACGGCGACCAGUGCUCCCAGUAUGGAACUGGGAACGGGACUGGGGAGCCCUGAGAGACCAGUGCUCCCAGUAUGGAACUGGGAACGGGACUGGGGAGCCCUGAGAGACCAGUGCUCCCAGUAU